UUUGAGCAAGAAUAGAAACAUGGCAUUUCAACCGCGGUUAUCUUCUAAUCAGCAGAAACAGAUGGAACAGUUGGAAAUGGACGUUAUGCAAGACAUGUACAACAGGUUAUCUGAGUCGUGUAGAAACAAGUGUAUUAGUAAGAGAUAUGAUGAAGGGGACCUGUCUAAAGCUGAGAGUGUCUGCCUGGACCGGUGUGCUGCUAAGUAUCUGGAGGUGUACGAGAGAGUCGGAAAGAAGUUAACUGCAAUGUACACUGCUCAAAUGGCUCCUCCUGAAAAAUGAUCACAACUUUCCUUCCUACCUUUCUAAUCAUUGAUACGCUGGAUGUAUUGUAUUUGUAGAUAAUGCUUUCUGAAACUUUAAUUUAUUCUCAUUUAAGCCCCGUGAAA